UCCAUUCAAAAGAUUUAUAAGCCAAUAAAAUAAAUUUCUGCGAGUGAAACGAAUCGUAGAAAUUUAUUCACUACUGUCGUGUAGAACAAAACACAGAGAUCUAUCGACUUGGUCGCUGACGAAACCGCAAACGCAUUCAUAUCAUCGUCGACACCGUACGCCGCGGAUAACACCGCCGCAAUCACCACUCUCCACGUUUGUUUGAUCACAAAUUCAGUUUCUAGCACCUUUUGUCCUCUCUGUGACUUUGAGUCUGGGAGAGUGUUGUUUUCUCUUCUCGAUCAUAGGUCCUAUCGCCAAAUCAACGAUUCACCAUCUGCAUCUCCGAUCCGAACUCGGCUUGGUGAUGAAACAAGUGUUUUGAUUAUUGAAAAAUAGUUUGAUUUGGAUUGUUCUGUAAUCUAUCAUGGGGACUGAAAAUCCAACUCGUCCAAACUUCCCUUCAAGACCUACUUCCUCGCCUUUUGCUGCUGCUCCUGCUGCUGCACAGACUAUGACACCUUUUUCAACGACGGGUCCUGUGGCUGGAUCAGAGCCUCCUUCUUUCCGACCUACUACCCCUGCACCUCCUCAAGCCCCCACACCGUUUUCAUCGUCUGGACCUGCUGUUAGACCAGGGGCGCCAAGUUUUAGACCUACACCACCGGGCAGGUUUAAUGAUCCAUCAGUGCCUCCUCCUCCCCCAUCGUCCAAUGUCCCGCCAAUGCCAACUGCUGGAGCUUUUCAGCAUUUUCCAGCACCUCCCUUUUCGUCGACAGUUCAGCCUCCUCUUACACGGCCUCCACCCUUGGGACAACCAUCAAUUCACCAACAUGCAAGUCAACCACCUCCCUUUCCCCCAUCUAUUCCACCUCAACCACAGAUGCCUUAUGUUCAAAUGGGGUCUCCACCUAUGGGUUCAAAUGUUCCUCCUCCUCAAUUUCAGUCAUCUGUUCCUGGAUAUGCCCGUAUGCAGCCUGGUGCAGAAAUUCAAGCUCCACCUAUGCAUUCCUCUAUUCAUGCAAAUCAAGGAAAUUACGGACCUCCACCACCUGCAUCAUCAUCUCCUUUUUUACCUCAUCAAGGAGGCUAUGCUUCAUCACUCCCAGUGGGUAAUCCAAUAGGUAUCCAGCCAACACAGCAACCAGGAUAUGUUCCCCCUACUGGCACCAUUCAGGGCUUGACAGAAGACUUCAGUUCGCUCACAAUGCAAACUCGUCCUGGCACAUUGGAUCCACUAUUUGAUGCUAAAGAACUUCCAAGGCCGUUGGAUGGUGAUGUGGAGCCAAAAAAAUUGGCUGAGAUUUAUCCCAUGAAUUGUGAUCCCAGAUAUCUGCGAUUCACUACCAGUGCAAUUCCAAGCUCCCAGUCCUUAGCUUCAAGGUGGCAUCUGCCUCUUGGAGCAGUUGUAUGUCCACUUGCUGAAUCUCCGGAUGAGGACGAGGUGCCUAUAAUUAGUUUUGCUCCAGCUAGUGUUGUACGCUGUAGAAGAUGCCGCACAUACGUGAAUCCUUAUGUGACUUUUACAGAAGCUGGAAGAAAGUUCCGGUGCAAUGUAUGCACCUUGCUUAAUGAUGUUCCUAGUGAAUAUUAUGCACAGUUAGAUGCCACCGGAAAAAGAGUUGAUUUGAAUCAACGACCUGAGCUUACAAAGGGUACUGUAGAAUUUGUUGCCCCUGCUGAGUAUAUGGUGCGGCCACCUAUGCCCCCAGUAUACUUCUUCCUUAUCGACGUUUCCAUAUCUGCUGUUAGAAGUGGUAUGAUUGAGGUUGCGGCCCAAACAAUCAAGUCCUGUUUAGACGAGCUGCCUGGCUAUCCACGAACACAAAUAGGGUUUGCCACUUUUGACAGCACUAUACAUUUUUAUAACAUGAAGUCAACCUUGGCUCAGCCACAGAUGUUGGUAGUCUCAGAUCUGGAUGACAUAUUUAUUCCACUGCCAGACGAUCUUCUUGUUAAUUUAUCCGAGUCAAGAAGUGUGGUGGAAGCCUUCCUAGAUAGUUUGCCAACUAUGUUUCAAGAUAAUGUUAAUCUGGAAUCAGCUUUCGGUCCUGCUCUUAAGGCUGCUUUCAUGGUUAUGAGUCAACUUGGAGGGAAAUUGUUAAUUUUUCAAAAUACACUUCCAUCUCUUGGUGUUGGUCGCUUGAAAUUAAGGGGAGACGAUUCACGUGUUUAUGGGACAGAUAAAGAACAUGGACUGAGACUGCCCGAAGAUCCAUUUUAUAAGCAGAUGGCUGCUGAGUUUUCUAAGUACCAAAUCUCAAUAAAUGUGUAUGCAUUCAGUGAUAAGUACACUGACAUAGCCUCCUUAGGAACUCUGGCAAAGUACACUGCUGGUCAAGUGUAUUACUAUCCAGCUUUCCAAUCAGCCAUUCAUGGGGAGAAAUUGAGUCAUGAAUUAAGGAGAGACCUCACCAGAGAGACUGCAUGGGAAGCUGUAAUGCGUAUCAGAUGUGCAAAAGGUGUUCGUUUCACAACUUAUCAUGGAAACUUCAUGCUAAGGUCCACAGAUUUGUUAGCACUUCCAGCUGUAGAUUGUGAUAAGGCCUUCGCCAUGCAGUUAUCACUUGAAGAGACAUUAUUGACAACUCAGACUAUUUACUUUCAAGUUGCAUUGCUUUAUACUGCAUCUUGUGGAGAAAGGCGUAUCAGAGUACACACAAUGGCAGUGCCAGUAGUUACAGACUUGGCAGAUAUCUAUCGCCUGGCUGAUACUGGUGCAGUUGUCUCUCUAUUUUGUAGGCUAGCAAUUGAGAAAACAUCGUCCCAAAAACUGGAAGAUGCACGGAAUGCUGUGCAACUAAGAAUUGUGAAAGCCCUCAAGGAGUAUCGAAAUCUUUAUGCUGUGCAACAUCGCUUGGCCAACAGGAUGAUAUAUCCAGAGUCUUUAAGGCUCCUAAAGUUGUAUGGAUUAGCUCUUUGUAAAUCAACGGCUCUACGUGGAGGGUAUGGCGAUGUUUCAUUGGAUGAUCGAUGUGCAGCAGGACAUACAAUGAUGACUCUACCGAUAAAAAAAUUGUUGAAACUUCUUUAUCCUAGCUUGAUUCGACUUGAUGAAUAUCUUCUGAAGCCAUCCAUACAAGCUGAUGACUUAAAAAGUAUCGAGAGAAGGUUACCUUUGACUGGGGAGAGCUUAGACUCUAGGGGCCUUUAUUUAUUUGAUGAUGGCUUCCGGUUUAUUAUAUGGUUUGGUAGGGUGAUUUCACCUGAUAUAGCAAAGAAUUUACUCGGGGCAGACUUCGCGGCAGAAUUAUCAAAGGCUACUCUCCAUGAGCAUAAUAAUGAAAUGUCAAGGAGGCUGAUGAGGGUACUUGAAAAAUUAAGAAAUGAUGAUCGUGCAUAUUACCAGCUGUGCCACCUUGUGAGGCAAGGUGAGCAGCCUAAAGAAGGAUUCCUCCUCCUUACAAACCUUGUUGAGGACCAGAUGGGUGGUAACAAUGGGUAUGUUGAUUGGAUGCUACAGAUAUCCCGACAAGUGCAACACUCAUAAUAUAUAUAGAUUCUUCCCCAUGGUAGAUAAGCAGAGUUUUGUCAGACUUGUUAUCUGUUUCAUAAGUGAGAACCAUUUCUUUCUGCUUCGGGAAUAGGUUGAAUCUAGCCUUUAAGGUGCUUGGAUUCUUGACAUAGCUAAUUGGUUGUGACUCCUAAGAAGGAAGCUUCUAAGAGACUGUUGGUUCCACCUUGAAGGUGUCAAUUAGAUGAACUCUACUAUAGUGAUUGAAUUAAAAUGCGCUGUCAUGUCGUUCAGUCCUUGAUAGAAGCGAAAGAAGUAAAGAAACAAAAUUUUCCCUGUAUUUUUCCUUGUGAGAUAAGUUUUUUCCUUUUGUUGUCAGCUUAUUGUUAUUCAUUCAUUUUGUAGAAAAAGAAAAUAGACAGAAAGAAGAUAUGACACGUCCAAAUCAGUCUGCGAAAUAUUUAAUUUUGUUUUGUGACGAUGGUUAUGUAUUUUGAUUUUGAUUGAUAUUAGUGUUGAAACUUUUUUCUUCCUGAUUA